AUAAUGGAGCCGGGAAACUGAAAGUCCGCAUUCUGAAGUUUGUCUUCGUUUUCCCUCAUGGUUUUCCCCCUUCGCGAUGUCAAAGCGGGAUUUUUGCUCUCUGAUCUUGCCGCAGCGAGUACGUAAGCGUCUUCAGGAGGCCAGCAUCGAAAAUGACGACGACCUGAUGGCAGCCGGCCCGUCUUUCACUGCUGAGGCGGCAUUGGUUCUUGAGCGACGGCGGGAGACUCCCGUCUUCACGUUUAACACCGCUUCAGAUUGUCUCAAGCGAAGUGAAAACUUGCACCGUAUAGCGACGUGGGUUCCCAGCAUCGACGCUUUGCUUGAUGGAGGCAUUCCUCGGCGCAAGGUAAUCGAAGUGACCGGCGCCGCCGGCACCGGGAAGACCCAGUUUUGCAUGCAGGUAACGGCGUCCAACGAACUGUCGAAGAAGUCGACCGUAUACGUAGAUUCUAAGGGAGGUUUCACGAUAGCGCGGUAUAGAGAAAUCUUGGCGGGAACCUCGAGAAAGCAGGAUUGCACCUCUGUUCCGUGUGGCGGAGCCGGCCUGCGCUACAUGUUGUGCGAUUCGUGGCAACAACUGGCAUCCACCGUAUGGCUCUUGCCCGACGAACUCAGAAACUGCGAAGUGAAGGAGGAGGAGGAAAUAACGUUGGUUGUUUUAGACGGCUUUGACUUUCACCUGAGGAAUCAGCUUCAGGACCCCCGCGAGAGGAAGAAGGUGCUCAGCGGACUGACGCAGAAGCUCGUCGAAAUCGCGAACUGUGGUGCAGCCGUACUAGUUACGAAUCACUUGUCUAUGAAGCCCAGCUACAGCGACCCGUCGUCCCUUGUGAUUGCUCCAGCUUUGGGACAGGGGUUUGGGCACGAGUGUGCCUACAGGGCAACAUUCGUGGAAGAGGAUGGUCUCUGCAAGGCUAUUUUUUACAAAGCACCAACGUUCGGACGUACCACGGUGUUGUUUAGAAUACAGCGGGAGGGAAUUGUUGAAGAGACUGACGGCUUUUAAAUACCGUGGUCAUGCGCUGAUAUAUGAGCGUCGUGGGUACAUACAAGUCUUACAUGUGAUAUACUCUGCUAUUUUAAAGUUUAACUAUGCUAUCAUACACACUAUUACUUCAUUUUAACAUUUGCCUUCUGUGAUAAGUUUAUCUUGUAAAUGGUCGCGGAUGAAUUUUUCUUGUGUGUGGUUUCUCUGGAAUGAUUUGGGAGUUUCUAAUUUACAUUGCAGUGGAAAAUUGCAUUAGGAUGUACCUUGCACAGAACUAUUGCAGCAUGUCUUGUGCACUACCUUCCACAAAUUGUUUGAUCCUGUCUUAUUUGUUGUGUUGUAUUCGUUUGACAAACACAUGCUGAUCGCACUUUUCGAUCUCCUUUGCUGUGCUGAAAUAACAAGUUCAAGAAGCAGCAUAUUUGAGUGAAAUUCCAUGUGAACUGAUAGAAACUUUGAAAUCCCUUGUCCUGUAAACGUUUGUGGGUGACGGCUGUACUGUUGGCAUCAAACGAAAUGCGAACAGCAAAGUGCAAGCCCAAAGCAUUACUGAAGCUGCAGUGCACGCCUUCGGCCAUUCAUUUCCAGAAACAGAUGCACACAUCUGGUUUGCCCACAGAGUGCUUGCCCUGCUGCGAUAGUUUUGCUUCUGUUUCCCUUUGUUUUCGUUUUUUCGCUUUUUAAUCAAAGAAACCAGAAGCAACCUUUUGCAGUAGUGCGGCAAUCCGGAUGUGCGCACCUGUCUCGGGUAACAAAUAACCGAUGGCCUACACUGUACCUUCAGUUAUGCUUUGGCCAUGAGCAUUGCUGUUUCUGCUUCAUUUGACACUGGUAGUACAUGAUCACAGAAAUGUAUGCUUCAUAAUCUUUUGUCCAAGACUGUGUUCACAUAUUUUAUUCCUCGAAUCAAUACCUGCCCUCAAAGUCUUCAGUUUCAGUCCACUGACAUCACAAAGGAAAGAAUGGUGAGUGAAGCUGUGCCUAAUUCCUAAUCAGGAGUUCCAAGCAUUGCUCAUUUAUUGAUAGAAUCACUGGAUUUGGAACAUAAACUCAGCAGCAGAGAACUGUUUGGAGGGCAAUAAGAUGUUCUAAUUUUACAAGUGCAAACCAGUUUACAUUCUUAAAAAUUCACAACCUUUUUUGAUAAACAUGAUAUUUUUUACGACUUUUAACGGAGUGAUGACUGGCACGUAUCCUGCUAUAACAUUAAAUCAAUUUCCACGUCAUGUUUACAUUGACUACGUGGCUUGUUGUAGAGUUUACAGAUUUUCACUUACCUUUCCACGAGCAUAUUCUCUAUUUCACUCUGCUUAGUACUAGCAUGAAUCAUCACUGAAACCUCACUGGUCCAUUACUGGUAGUAUCACUGUUAGAACAUGCUAUGGUGGCCCAGUCACUAUGGCAUUGUGCUGAGGUAGCGUGUUCCAUUCCCGGCUGCAGCAGCUGCAUUCCGAUGGGGGGUCGAAUACAAAGAGCGCUCGUGCGCAUUUGUGAACCACCGGUGGUUGAAAUUAGCCUGAAGCCCCCUAUCCCACUAGCUUGUACAUUGCUUUGCGACGUUAAACCGGAAUACUUGGUUUGAUCACCUUAUGGUCAUGAUGACCACCAAUAAGGACAAUAAAUAUGUUGGUACCUUUGUUAAAAAUUCUGUGUCACCUCUGUGUCAUGCGCUAAACAGCUUCGCUGGUCAUCCACCUUCACA